UAAACAUAUGUCAUUUGUUAAAUGCAAGAUGUCAACGGAAAGAUGUGUAAUUGUGAUAGCAGGUGUCUUACAAGACCAAAGCUUUAGUCACGUGUGUUUUAUAGCCGAAAAUUUAUCCACGCUACUACCAAAUUUCAAUUAUAAAAUUAUUUGUAAAAGCUCAACGGAAUGGGAAUCGUGGUUAAAAGAAAUUUGCACCUGUUAUGGUUGGUGUCACGCUAAAUCUCCAUUGAUAUGGAAAGAAAUUGGAUUAACUCGUACCACUGUUACAUAUAUCGGCGGCGGCUACCAAUUUUGGGAAUUACUGCAUAGUUAUUAUAACAUUAACGUUCAUUUAAAUAAGGAAGAUCUUGAUGUCUUACAAGAGGAUUUAUUAUUUAUUUAUGAUGUUGAAAGUAAAAAAUGUAAAUGUCCAAACAUAGUUCAGAAACGUCGUCAAAUAAUGAUAAUAGGAGCAGGAAGAUCUAUGUGUCUAGAACUGGUUCCUCAAUUGAUAAUGACAAAAGAACUGUGGUUAAGUCAUGGAGUUGUUAUAAACUUAUAUGAUGAGCCAGGAUGUUUCUUUAAAGUAAGAAAAAUUUUGAAAGACGCUAAAGGACUUAAGGGAGGUUUAGAUGCAGUGAAGGUUUUGUAUAAUAUACCCGAUGGUUUGCACGACUGUGACAUCCUAAUUUAUUUAGAUGUAAUAUUAAAAGAAGAGUUUGAAGGAACAGAAAGAUGGUUGCAACGUAACUACAAAUGCAUAAGAGAAUUAUCCAUGCAGAUAAACGAUUAUGCGCCUUCUCACAUGAAAAUAAUUUUUUGUUCAAUGGGCCCCAUAUGUUUCUAUGUUAAUGUUAUGCACAAACUUAUCAAAAAAUUACCAAAAUCAAAUAUUGUGGCUGUUAGUUCUCACUAUGGAUUAGAACUGACAUACGUGUUUGCACAUUCAUUAGGUUUUACUCUGAAAAAUCUUGGUUGUCCUCCAGUAUGGGGAUACUUGGGAAUUAAUCACUUCGUGGAUAUCCAUCAUACCAUUCAGAAAUAUGACUAUUAUUUACCUAAUAAAAAAGCUCUAGAGUUAAGUGAUACUGCAACACUACCAGUUGGCGUACAACGUUCACAGUUGAGAUGGCUUUUUUAUAUGACGCAUGAUAAAACAGAUCCGUAUAAAGAGCUUUUUAUUCGUAAGUCUCUCGCUCAAUAUCAAGUGGGUAGAUCUGACGAUUUUCAAAAAUGUCGAGCAGUAUGUGAUCUUCUGAGAUUAUGGUACAGCAAAGAAAUAGGCGAUGAAAUUAUAUCAUUAGGAAUUUCUUCUGAUGGUUCAUUUGGUAUUCCAGAAGAAUUAGUAUUUUCGCAACCAGUACAUUUGAAAGUUUUAGAAGAUCAGUCACGAAUAUGGGUACCUUUUAAGGAUUUUCCAAUGCCAAACAUGCCACUUAAUUUAUUUCAAAAUCUUGUAGACACUGCUGUUAUUAUCAAAGAACAAAUACCAACAUUUGAAAAGAGAAUGAAAGAUUUCGAUUCCAAAAAACGUUAAAACAGUAAAGUCUCAGAAAUAAUCUAAAAAUUCAAAUUUCAUGUAUAUGUAUUUACUAACAAGUUCUAUGCUGUUUCUUCGUUAUUUUGAAAUAAAUGAAUUAAUUACAAUAAAAUUGCGCGUUUGUACCGAAUGGAUAAAAAAAAAGAACAGUGACAAGACUUCUUAAAAUAAAUUUAUUAUCUAGUAAAUACACAUGAAUAAAUUAGCUAAGAAAUGUUACUAUUAAUUGCUUGAAAAAAAAUCAUUACACUUUACCAUGAUAAUCCUUCAAAAACAUAAUUAAUUACGAGAAUAAUACUUUUUACGAUACAUAAUAAUGUAUUCGAAUUUAAUGUUACAAUUUGUUUUCUUGUAUACACAAAAUGAUAUAACAAAGUAUUAUUACGUGCUUAAAUGUAUCAUUAACAAUUGGUAAUCCAUACCAUCCUUCACUUAAGCGCAGAUUCUUUGUACAGAAUUUUGUGUCACGGUGGUAGACAAAUGGAUAAACAAUGCGUUUCAUAUUGUUGCAUUAUUUUAUCACUACUAUUCAAAAUGUAAUUACGAAACAGUCAGCAAUAUCUAUUAAAUUAAUAUACACUUGUUCAUAUAUUGCAAAAAAAAAUGCAUCAAUAAUUAAAAUCUAAUCAAAUUUCAUACUUUUUUCAUAGUUGUAAGACUGGCAGUAUAUUCAAAAUUUUCACUUAAGAAAAAGUGAUAAAAUGAAAAUUGAAGAGUUGAGUUUCUAAAAAUGUUUCGCUUAGGAAAAUUAUAAAAGGAAAUCCGUUAUGAAAUAAUUCUCACGUAAUUUUGGUUUGACUGUAUAGAUUAAUAAUAAAAAACAUAGGUGGAAAAUUUCACAAUCACUUUGUUCUUGGAACUGACGACAUUCAAUUCAUGCGAGUAAAAACAGGUGUUUAGAUUGCACGCCGUUACAAUAGGUAUAGUAAAAACUGUAUUCUAACACAAAAAUCUCUGACAAUUUGAAAAUUAUGCUACAAAAUUGAUAGAUGGGAUAUAUGAAAAAUUUCUUAGGCAGUUUUUGCUCGAAUAGCAGCACGUUUUCCUGUAACAGCCUGAAAAGAGUAACAUGUUGAUAAAAUAAUUCUGUAACAUUAAGACUUAAAUGUUCACAAUGUUCGGGAAUACUUACCUGAAAGCCAGAUUUUAUGCUAGCUACUGAACAUCUUGAGCCACAGGUUUCGCACUGUAAGAAAAAUAGUCGAGUGUCCUUUUGAAGAAUGGUGUCUGGUGAGCGACAUGUGUGACAGGUAACAUAUUCCUUAAUAUAUCUCCUAAGAACAUUUUCUAUUUGUUUCUGUUGGAAACGACCUUUAAUAAUAAGUUGACUAUUUCCAUCAACAGAACCACUGGUUCCUAACUCAGCGAGUAGAAAGUCAAGUAAAUGUUUUGGUUGCCUAUGAAGUGUUUUACAUAUCUGUAACAAAAAAAAGUUAUCAUGAAAGAUAGAAGCAAAAAAUUUUGGAUUUAGGACAUAUAAAGUGUUAAUGUGGUACUCACUUCUGUGAAAUUAGCAAAAGAUGUUUUCUUGGUACCUAUACGUACUACUUGAGGAGGACGCAUAACAAAUUUCUGUUUCUUUCCAGCAACCAUAUCAGGAUUCUUUUCCCUCAUUAUGUUGAAUACUCUUACCAACAAUUCAUCAUAUGUAUAGUCUCUGUCCGAUCCGAACCAUAAACUUGUUUCCUCUAAGAGGAAAAAUAAGAUUCACUUAAUAGAUUAACAAGAAGAUAAAACCAACAGAAAAUUUAUAACAGUAAUAAUAGUGUAUAGUUUGAAAAAGAACAAAAACCAGAAAUAAUUUUACUUGUAAAGCAUUCUACACAUAUUAUUUCUAUGGUGUAGAAAAAUGUAUCUAAGUGAAAUCAUUGAAUGCACUAUUAAUAUCAAAAAACAAGUGGGUCUUCUGAUGGGUACUCUGUAAUGUGCAUUUAUAUGUAUGUAUGUAUGUAUGUGUAUAUAUAUACAUAUAUCAUUAUAUAUGUAUCAUUCAUUCUUUAACCCCUUAUCAGUGC